AUGCAUACUCGUGCAUCGACCAGAACACCCGAAUCUUCAACAAUUUACUCCCGAAAAUACCUUCCCGAUGCCACGCUCUUGCUUAUUGGAUUCUUCGGGGCGGGAAAGAAGACCCUUGGGAUCAUCGCCUCGGUAGCAUUGCACCGCCGUUUCAUCGAUUUCGAUGCUUUCUUCCGGGAGCAGGUCAAUUCGUCGCCGCAGGCCUAUAUUGCAGCGCAUGGAUUGGCACAGUAUCGCUCGGUCGAGGGAGAUCUGACCCGAGAGCUGCUCACAAAAUGCAGCAAGGGCUGCGUGAUUGUCGGUCUUGGAGCUGUGGCAAGCAACCAGCAGCAAGUCUUGUUGAAAGAUUUCGCACGGGAGCAUCCUAUGGUUUACGUGAGGAGAGCUGAAUCGGAAUUGCGACAGUUCGUGGGUACCAGCCAGGACAAGUUCGAACGGUUCUGGCGGGUGGGCAAUACGUUCUUUGAAACCUGUUCCAAUUUCGAGUUUUACAACCAGACUCAUACCGAUAGUCAGGAAUUUGGACGUCAGCUUCCUUCGAGUCUGAAGCUCAAAGAGACAGAACGGCUGUUCGUCGGGUUUGUUCAGCGCAUUUACGGACCCUCGCCCCGGUCUCCUUUCUCAUCUGAGCUGUUUCCUGAGGUGCACACGUUCGCUUUACAGGUACCACUGGCCUGGCUGGAUUCGUGUGGGAACUUUGAAAUACUGGAUGCUGGAGCUGAUGCUAUAACCUUGCUCAUCGACGUCGACGGCAAAGACCAGGACCGACUGCAGAGUCACCUAGCACGACACAUGGCGACUUUGAGAUUGCACUCUCGUGUCCCUGUAGUCGCGGAUGUAAGGCUCUCAACUACAAAACUAGACACUUAUCGUUUGGUGCUGGAAAUGCUUCUUCGACUUGUUCCAGACGCCGUGACCUGCUCUCUCUCCUGCCCGAAUGAAAUCAUCCAGAGGUUGAAUGCUACAAAGGGAAGCAUCAAAACGAUUGCGACAUGCCAUCAAUCGACACCGUUGGGCAGAGAUGCGUCUCAAAAUGCUCACAGCCCCGUCGAGAAAGCAAACCAACUUGGGUUUGACUGCAUCCGCAUAACUGGCGAGUCUUGUUCCAUCGAAGACAACCUCGCCUGCGUUGCCUUUCGUCAAAGACUGAUACAGGGAUCAACCAUCCCAGUGAUUGCUUAUAACACUGGAAUCUCCGGCCGAGCGUCCAUAUGCCUGAACCCUACUCUGUCACCGGUGGUCCCCACUUCCAUGGACGCCACAGGCAUCACGAUCUUAGACGCGCAAAAAGCCCUCACCUCCUGCUUCCUGGCUACCAAGAAGCGGUUUACCCUGGUCGGCCAAGCACUAGAACAUACCCUCUCCCCCGCAAUGCACAACGCAGCGUACACAGCCUGCGGGCUUCCACAUAGCUACGAAGCUGUGCAAGCAGCGACGCUCUCCGAAAUACGCACGCUCCUCGACGAUGAAAGCCACGGCGGCGUAGCGAUAUCCAUCCCCUACAAAACAGCCAUCCUACCAAUGUUGGACGAAAUCAGUUCCGAUGCAAGGGACAUCAAUGCCGUCAACACAGUAGUUAUCGAGCGGCACCGUCAAGAUGGACAAAUGGUCACCACGCGAAAAGGGUAUAAUACUGACUACAUUGGAGUGAGGAAUUGCAUCCACAAGCAUCUUUCCCCAGCGAAUGCCAUCCGAGAUGGAACAACAGUUUUAAUUAUUGGGGCGGGUGGCAUGGCGCAUGCGGCUAUCUAUGCCUGCCACAAGCUGGGUGCCCGGCAAUUCUGCAUUUACAACCGUACGCUUGAGAACGCUAGGAAGUUAGCAGAGUAUUUCCAUCGUUGGACUCAGCAGUCUGGCACCAACCUUGAGCUUGAAGUCAUUCAUUCGGUAGAAGAGCAGUGGCCUACACGUCUCCGCCAACCGACUAUUGUCAUCUCUUGUCUCCCUGGCCAGCAGGUGGGGAGUGAGGAGAUGGUCGAUGUGCGGAUAUCUGAGCAGUGGCUGCAGAGUACCACAGGAGGGGUAUUUCUCGAGGUUGCGUACGGCCCGUCCAAAACCCCGCUGAUGGAACAGAUGCUUCCUUUUGCAACGAAAGGAUGGGUGGUGGUGGAUGGACUGAGUCUGCUGGUUGAGCAGGGUAUUGCUCAGUACGAGAUUUUUACUAAACGGCCUGCGCCGGUUCAUGUCAUGCGGAAAAUGAUAUAUGAGCUGUCGAAGGAGUAUGGGUAUCUUCAUCGGUAG